AUGUCUCCUUUUGUAACAGUGAAAGCACUUGAACUUGAACUCAUCGGUAAAGAAUACAAUGCCAAGAAACUGGGCUCUGGAGAUAUCCAAGUCCACGUUGAAAAGCGAGAGCAAAGCAGUGCACUUUUUUCACUGACUGGCAUGAAUGGGAUAUCUGUCACAGUAAGUUCACACCGGAGUUUGAACAUUGUUAAAGGAGUAAUUUCUGAGAGCGAUCUUGACUGUUCGGAAUCGGAACUCCAAGAAGGCCUACAACAGCACGGUGUUGUAGCCGUAAAGCGAAUACUCAUGCGUAGGGAUGGGAAAGAAAUCCCAACAAAGCACGUCAUUCUUUCUUUCAAGCUCCACAAGCUGCCAGAAACAAUCAAAGCCGGUUACCUCAGUUGCAAUGUGAGGGCUUACAUCCCAAAUCCGAGUAGCUGUUACAAGUGCCAGCAGUUUGGCCACGGCUCUCAGGUGUGCCGUGGGCAGCCCGUCUCUGCUAAGUGCGGCGGCAAAGACCAUUCGUCAGAGUCGUGCAACAAUGACUUUCAGUGUGCCAAUUGCAAGGGUAACCACCCUGUCUACUCCAGAUCAUGUCCUUGUUGGAAGGAGGAGAAACAGAUCCUCAAACUGAAAACUGAACAAAAUAUCACGUACGGUGUAGCAAAGGCACAAUUGGCGUUCCAAAAAAAAGGAACCUUCUCUGAUGUGGUGCGCAGGGGAGUGGCACCACUCAGAGUAUCGGUGGAGACCCAGACCUCUGGGGCUACCCUCCAUACUCCCCAACACAAAGAGAGGGACACUGAGGGUUCUCCUCCAAUGCCCUCUCAGACGAACAGCCAGGGAGAUGCAAUGUUAACCUCAGAGGAGGUUGUUGCAUCCCUCUCCGUUUGGGACGGGAUUGCCAUGGGCCUGUCCCAAAACACGAGUCAGAGCAUGGAUCUCGAUGACGAGGACUGCUGCUCGAAGAAGUCGUCUUCGAGCCUACCAAGUCUUUCCUUGGGCAAAGAACAGAAAAGGAAAAAAAGCUGGCCGAGGACGAGGAGGGAAAGCCAAGGAACAACAACAAAGGGUUCCUCCACCGAGAAUACAAGCUCCUUAAUCCCUCCGCAUUCAUGGACAAUUGUUUCACAAAGUCUUUACGCAUUAGAGUAG